AUGCUCGCGUUUUUCGUCGCUCGUCGCGUUCAAUGUGGGAGAGCCCCAGGCUUCUCUCUGGUUCAAAUCACGACGUAUAUGCAAAUAUUUACCAAAAGAUUUUAUUUUUUGUUUCUGGCCUUUCCCUUUCUGAACUCAUGUUUAAAUGUGCAUAUGACGCAUCUAGUAUCUUUAUAUUCAAGAUUUGUAAUGUUUGAGUGACAUAACCUAUAUUAGAUACAAGCUUAUUUAUAUUUUCGUCAAGUACACGUGAGUUAAAAGAAAAAUGCAAUUAACAAACAUGUCGAAAGAAUUUAAUAAAGAUGAAGUGCGCAAAAUGCUUUUGGCAGAAGAAACGUUUAUUUCGCAUAUAUUAUCUAUUAUACCUCUGUCGUCGCGUGAAUUAGCUGAAAAAAAUUUAUCCAUGAAGAAAGAAGAGUCCACGAAAAAAGUCAAGACUUUUACUACAGGCAAAAAAAUAAAAAGAGCAAAUACUUUCAAAGAGUUGCAUGCAAAAUUGGAGGAAUUAAAGAGUAUGAAAAAGUUGGAUUAUAAGCAAAAACUUCUUAAGAAAACAUUGAAAAACAAAAUUAAAAAGAAGACAAAAAAGGAAGAACGUUUACUACACAAAAAGCUGGCUAGAAUAGAACAGAAUGCAGUUGGUAGUAGUAAAAUAAAGAUUGAAAAUGAAGAGAUACCAAAAGUUCCAAAACCAAAACCGAUUUUUAACUCAGAGGGUAAAAUGGUGUUUAGUAAAUUUGACUUUUCUGAAAUUGGUGUAAAAAAGAAAUUACCUAAAAAUCGGAACGAUCCCAAAAAGGUUUUACAACAAUUGCAACAGAAAAAGGAAAAAUUGAAACAACUAGAAGACUCAGGUAACAAAGAAAAAGUUGAAGAUAUCAAAGAAAAAGAUGCAUGGAAAUCUGCUUUAGCAAAAGCAUCUGGCGAGAAAAUUAAAGAUGAUCCUGAGUUAUUGAAACGUACUAUAAAACGGAAUGAGCAGAGAAAGAAACAUAGUGCAAAAAAAUGGAAUACCAGGAUAGAGAAACAAGAGAAAUCUAAGCAAGAAAGGCAAGAAAAACGGCGAGAGAAUAUUAUGAAGAAAAAAAAGGAAAAGAAAAUGAACAAGUUGAAAAAAGCAGCAAAGAGAGGACGUUUAAUACCCGGACUUUAAUCAAGCCAAUUAUUUCCAUUCCAACUAUACUUUUCCUCAAAUUUUUAUCGUGGAACAUAUGUUUUUGUUUAAGGAUUGUUUUUUAAAUCUAAUUUAGUUUAUUAUGUAUAUUUACUAUGAAAAUUAUUUUCAGACUUAACAUAAAAAGGUGGAGUUAAAUAUUCUAAUUUGUAUUAUGUAAAAAUGUACAUUGAACGAUGUAUUUGUGUACAAUAUCAAUCUGUAUAAUACAGUUACGAAUAAUAACUUUAUUCAUGUGUGA